AUGUUAGUCUUAAGAAAUUUAUUAGCUUUAGUAACCCUUGCUUUAUUAUUCACUUUAUCAAGUGCUCAAUACACUUUAUCCGUUUCAAAUUCAGCCUCAGGUUCAAAAUGUACAACUGCCGUCUCUGCUAAAUUAAAUGCAUGUAAUACUGGUUGUUUAAAUUCAUUUAAUAUUGUUGAAUCAUCAAAUGGUAAAGGUUUAGUUUUCAAAACCUUUAUCAAUGCUGCAUGUUCUGGUGAAUAUGAAUCAUUAUCACAAUUCACUUGUGCUGCUAACCAAAAAAUCCCAACAACCUCUUACAUUGUUUCUUGCAAUUCAACACCAAGCUCAAAUUCAACAACUGAUUCCGAUUCCUCAAGUGGUUCAACUGUCAUGAUUGGUUUAGCUUCAAGCUUAUUAUUUGCUUUUGCCACCUUGUUAGCUUUAUUUUAA